GUACCAGCGGCUUAUGUGGGAGCAGUCUCGCUCAGCUCGCUGAGGCGACAGUUGGGGUCGUAGCAACGAAACAACAGCACUCUGACUCUAUCUUUUUCAUAAGGAGGUCAAGCACAACACAGUUCUCAACAGUACACGCCAGCGUACACCCAGCACAGGAGGAUGGCGGUGAAUGUCUACUCCACCUCGAUGACCAAUGAGAACCUGAGUCGUCAUGACAUGUUGGCGUGGGUCAACGACUCUCUACAGCUCACAUACACCAAGAUCGAGCAGCUUUGUACAGGUGCUGCUUACUGCCAGUUCAUGGAUAUGCUGUUUCCAGGGUGCAUACUGUUGAAGAAAGUAAAGUUCAAUGCAAAACUGGAGCAUGAAUACAUCCACAAUUUCAAGGUCUUACAGGCUGCAUUCAAGAGAAUGAGUGUAGACAAGAUCAUCCCUGUGGAGAAGUUGGUAAAGGGGAAGUUCCAAGACAACUUUGAGUUCCUUCAGUGGUUUAAGAAGUUUUUCGACGCUAACUACGAUGGGAAAGAGUACGACCCCCUGCUGUCACGGCAAGGCCAGGAAGGAACGCCUCCUCCGCCUCAACUAGGUGAAUCCAUUCAUCACAAACCUAAAAGACCCUCUCACCCAGCCCCCAUGAGAACGUCACCAACAGCCCCGAAGAGUGUUCCCACCCCGCAGAGGCAGAUCGCAACCCGCAGGAACCCGCCCAUGACCCGUAACGGAGGAGAUGCUGAGAUCAUCGAGCUCCACCAGCAGGUUCUGGAUAUGAAGCUGACUAUAGACGGACUGGAAAAAGAGAGGGACUUCUACUUCGGAAAGCUCAGAGACAUCGAGCUCAUCUGCCAGGAGAAUGAAAAUGACAACAACCCAGUUCUCAGCAAAAUAAUCGACAUACUGUACGCUACAGAGGAGGGCUUCGCACCACCAGAGGAUGAUGACAUUGACGAAGGAGCGCGGGGAGACUCCGAGGAGUUCUGAACUCAUCCUCAUGUCUUCGUCACCUCCAUCACCCUUCCUCCAUCUUUCAUUCCUUGAUCUGACCCUUAAUGUCAUGUUUGACCCCAUUUUGUUUUCCCUCCUUAUUUUGAUUUUUACAAAAGUUUCUUUACUCCGCCCGUCUGGGGGAGGACAGCCUAGCUUCCCAAACUCUUACUAGCAAACGGACACUUAACCCAGACCUGUGUGGACUUUUGGCCUGGCAGCCUGGAUUGUUUUACUAGACUUAUUCUAACCUGUUAGCAGAUGGGACGGCAGCUCCGCUGGUCUGUUCGUGGUUUAAGGUUGACAGCAAUGAGAUUACAGGGUCGCAGCACUGACGCCAACAGUGCUAUGAAUCUGUCUGUCUGAGGAGGGCAGGGCACUUUCUCUCUCUCUCACCAUGCACUCUGACUGGUGACCACACAGAGAAGCACACACAAGCAUCUGGGUUCUUUCCAGAGUUUAGUUGUGAAACCACAGAAAGUUUUCUACAUUGUGAUCAAUUUUACGAUGUGUCGGCUGGAAAUUUUAGAAGGGGAGAUUAUAAAAGCUGCCUGGAAGAGAGGUCUGCACAUGGAUAUAUUUUUUGAUUCAUAUUACAUAUGAUGACACUUGAACAUUUAGCCCGCAGACAUAUCACAGACUUUGAACUGCUCACUUGUAGAUGCAUAAAAAAGUCAUCGCUCUGAGGUAAAACCAUCACAGAUAUGUUCUUAUUCAUCACUCCAGAGGUUGUACUUCUGAUAGCUUGUUUAGGAAACAGCAUGGGGUAUUUAUGUUUUUAUUUAUUUAUCUUUUUUUUUUAAUCUGCUCUAUACAGUUUCUG